AUGUCUCCUGAAGUGGAAGCACCCACCAGUUCCCCUAUGCAGGUUCCUCUCAGUCGCUCGCCCUAUGGUUCGGGCGUCUCCAGCAAGAAUCUCUCAGCCAUUCACGGAAAUUUCAUUCCGCUCCAGAGCUCCGAGGGCCUUUUCUUGGUUCCUCCACGGCGGGUGAAGAACCCCCAUCGACAACGCUCGCAUUCCCCACGACGCCGACAGGAUAAGGGUGUUCAUCUUCAUCUCAGUCUGACGGACUCUCAGAUGGACAAGCUCACUUCGACAGACAGCGAAGCUGAUUUGGCGUCGGGUCAUGGAGCCCAUGCAAGACAACGUGACAACACUUCACCGCCCAUUCCCGUUCAGCAGAACGAUGUGCCCGUGCCCUUGGCAGCCCCGGCUUCCGAGCAGGAUUCGAGAAGAUUCGUCCUGAAAGAAUCUCGCGAUAACAACCGCUACGGGGGCCAUCAGAAAGUGUCCGAUCCCGCCCAUGUGGACUGCUGCGCACAGAUGGCUUAUAGACGGACACGAUCCAGGUCCCCUGAAAAGAUGCGCUCGUCUCCCAAAAAGAGCGGCCAUUGUCCAGAGAAACAGGCGGAAGAAGCCGACAUAGCCGACACGACCUCGUCUGUGUAUUCAAUGGAGAACUUUCCCGACAUCCUCGUCGACCCUUUGUAUAUCAGCAAGAACCACGAGGAUGUGGUUUAUGGCCGUCAACCUAAAGUACUGCAGGAAUAUGCGAGGUGGUCAAUGUCGAAUCCGUCUGGCAGAGGCAGCGGCAGCACUCGACAGGCGACUGAGCCAGAUCACUCUAUGGAGUCCGGCCAAUCCGGCAGUAAUGAAAUGUACAGUCCCAAAGCUGCCUCUCGCCCAGACUUUUCGCCUUUGACGAACUACUCGAGCUCGCCCAAGCAUACGGCGCCGCAAAAAGGAAGGAAAAUCAUGGUUGGUAAGAACGGCUGGUUGGAGCGGACAGGCGAUUCGGGGAACAACCCAUCGCCGCCAAAGAAGAGCGGUAUUAUGGGCACACUGAAGCGAAUGGCAAGGGAGGUUGCCGAGGCAACAGACAUCAAAGUCGUCCGGCGACCCAAAGAUGGCAAGCAACAUGGUCGCAUGUCACGCAUGCGAACGUCGCUGAAUCCGCGAGAGCAGAGCCUCCUGUACAGCGAGCUGGAGUUUCUGCUGACAUCAGCGCUAGAUGGCUACAUCACCAGCCAGUUCAGCGCGGGCCGGCUGGACGCGGACAGGUACAAGAAGGUGGCCGACAUGUGGCAGCACAAGGGUCGUCCCAGGGUUGUUGGCUUUCGGUAUGACUUGGAGACGCAGCUGGAGCUUGUGCAUUUGCACGUGGAUGAGUUCCGUUUCUACGGCGACAGAGCCGGCGUGGUCGUUGCCGUGAUUGGGAUACUCGAAAUGAUGAAGGUGAACGCGCGUGCGAUGCGCAUCCGGACAUUUUGUCAGCCGGACCCAGUGAUCGCGAAGCAGUUGCUGGACUCUCAGAGCUUGUUCAACCUUCUCGGCUGUUCCGAACCGUGCCAGAUCCAGCUUGCAGAGGUUGUACAGUUCUUCAAGGUCGUUCUAGAACGGGAGCACCGCACCUAUCCUGGGGAGAAUUCAGUCAGCACGCAGGGGUCUCUUGCAGGCCAGCCGCCCUCUUGGUCUCACUGA